AUGGGCUCCGUAAUGAAAAUUUUCUUUAUUUUGUUGUGUUCCUUGGUGGCUGGAAUUUGGGCUCAAGACAUAAUACCAGAAGUUCCAAUAGAUUUUCCGCCGCCCACUACAACAACUACAACAACAGAAGGAACUACAACCACCACCAAAACAGAGGAACCAAAUAUUCCAACCACAGAAUCCAUCCCAACUAUAACAACAGAGUCAACAGAACCUACAACUUCCACAACGGAACCAACCACAACUUCCACAGCAGAGUUCACCACAACUUCAACAACGGAACCCACCACAACUUCCACCACAGAGUUUACUACAACUACAACAACGAAACCCACUACAACUAUCACAACGGAGGUCACUAUAACAACGGAGAUCGCAACAACUUUAACAACAGAAGCCUCCACAAGUUCCACGACAGAGUCCACCACAACUUUACCUACGGAGUCCACCACAAAGGAACCCACUACAAUUUCAACAACAGAAGGAUCCACUACAACAAAAGGAUCCACUACAACAGAAGAAACCUCUACAACAGAAGAAUCCACUACAACAGAAGAAACCACUAGAACAGAAGAAACCACUACAACAACGACAACAUUUGACCUCAUUUCCCUACUUACACCCAAAAAAAUCACAAAAACUCUAGAAAAGUCAGCAGAAAAGUGUUAUCUGAAAAGCGGUCAGGAUAACAGCGAAAAAGACUUAGAAAUGACGACAUAUUGUUAUCGCUGCUGCUACAAUGUAAACGAAUGUGUCAGCAGAUGCCAAAAGCUUCACAAGGAACGUUGUUCCUGGAGUGAUUUUGCACCUGUGCAUUAA